AUGGUGACCAUCGACAAUCACCUUCGCCUAGAACUACAGACCAAUAACGAAUUUGUAACGCAGGACUUCGACUUGGAAACCGUGCUCCCGCCUUCGGUAGCCUCGAAGCCGAGGAUUUCGAUCGAAACCUUCCCUGUAGGCUCGGACAAAGGAGCACCACCUAGAUCGCUCUCAUUGACCGUAUGGCUGCCGCACGGAACGCAAGCCGAUCGACUAUAUAUAUCUGGUAUAGGUAUUAUUGUGGCUGGCGCGUGGGUAUUAGUAGAUGUCGGCGAAUUCGAUCAUUUCAUGGAAAGUAGAAUAAUGGCACCACCUAUAGUGCUUAUAGUAGCGGGAUGUAUCGUUUUCGCUAUAGCUUUUCUUGGAUGUUACGGAGCGAUAAAGGAACAUUACAACAUGUUGAUCGCGUUUGCGGUCGCAUUGUUAAUAAUCUUCGUAAUUGAGCUCGCGGUGGGCAUAGCGGCGGCAGUGUUUAAAAACGAUUUUAGCAUGGCGAUGAGGAAUACCCUAAAGGAAUCGAUGAAAAACUAUACGGAGACUGACAAGCAAGCCUGGGAUAACGUGCAGAAAAAGUUGCAAUGUUGCGGUGUGGAUGGUGCUAGAGAUUGGAUUGAUAAUGUAAAUCUAGUAGGGGUCAUCCCGCCAUCAUGUUGCGAUGAGACAAUGACGAUCUGUCAAGUCGUGACAGCAAAUAAAGAAGGAUGCUUUAACAAGUUGGAAAUGCGAGUUCAAAAUAGCGCGACAGUCUUAAUUGGUGUGGGCAUUGGAAUAGCUUUUGUGGAGAUUGCCGGUAUUGUUCUUGCUUGUUGCCUCGCAGCGGCUAUAAAAAAAGAAAGCAAUAAAUGAAACGAAAUCCAUUAAAUAAUUUAUGUUGCGUCAGACUAAUUGUAAGCUGUAAAAUUCGCUGUUUCAUUGAGAUAAAAAUACGAAUAUUUUUAGCGGCUUAAAAGUAACAAAGCUAAAAGAUUUAUAUUCGACCGUUUAAGAGAUUUAUCAACAUCGACGGAUAAGAAGCACAUCUCAUUAACUAAUUAUUCAUUUCAUUUAUUAAUAUCGCAUACUGAUUUUCAGCAAUAUUUUUUA